CCUCGGCGCGGCCGGUCGGCGGGAGCGAGUGCACGCUGCUUGGCGCCGCCGGCGGACCCGCCGCGGCCUCGGAGCAGGGAUGUUGGGCUCCUCUGCGGCCCGCGAGGCGGGCUCGGCGCCGCUCACCUUGCAGCAGACGGCGCCCCACGAGGACCAGGAGAACAUCAACCCCGAGAAGGCGUCUCCCGCCCAGCAGCCCCGCACCCGGGCCCGGCUGGCGGUCCUCAAGGCCGGGAACCAGCGGGCCCCGGCGCCGCCGCAGAGGCCCAAGACGCGGCGGGCUGCUCCUCUGAAGGAUCUUCCUGUCAAUGAUGAGCGCGCCAUUGUCCCUCCCUGGAAGGCAAACAGCAAGCAGCCUGCCUUCACCAUCCACGUGGAUGAGCCGGAGGAGACUCAGAGGAGCCCAGACGAAUCUCAAGAAACAGAGUGCGAAGAUGUGCUGGCCUUCAAUUCAGCUAUCGCUUUACCGGAACCCAGAAAACCGCUGGUACCUCUUGAUUAUCCAAUGGAAGAUAGUCUGGAGUCACCACACGCUAUGGACAUGUCAAUUGUGUUGGAAGAGGAAAAGCCAGUGAGCGUUACUGAAGUCCCAGACUACCACGAGGACAUUCACACAUACCUCAGGGAGAUGGAGAUUAAAUGUAAGCCCAAAGCGGGCUACAUGAAGAAGCAGCCGGACAUCAACAACAGCAUGAGGGCCAUCCUCGUGGACUGGCUCGUGGAAGUAGGAGAAGAGUAUAAGCUGCAGAAUGAGACCCUGCACUUGGCUGUGAACUACAUCGACAGGUUCCUUUCCUCCAUGUCGGUGCUGAGAGGGAAACUUCAGCUGGUGGGCACCGCGGCGAUGCUGUUGGCCUCAAAGUUUGAAGAAAUAUACCCCCCAGAGGUAGCAGAGUUUGUGUACAUUACAGAUGAUACCUACACCAAGAAACAAGUUCUGCGAAUGGAGCACCUCGUUCUGAAAGUCCUUUCUUUUGACUUAGCUGCACCAACUGUCAAUCAGUUCCUCACCCAGUACUUCCUGCACCAGCAGCCUUCCAACUGCAAGGUUGAAAGUUUAGCGAUGUUUCUGGGAGAGUUAAGUUUGAUAGAUGCUGACCCCUACCUUAAGUAUUUGCCAUCAGUGAUUGCCGGAGCGGCCUUUCAUCUCGCACUCUACACAGUCACAGGACAAAGCUGGCCUGAAUCCUUGGCACAGAAGACGGGCUACACCCUGGAGAGUCUGAAGCCCUGUCUCCUGGACCUGCACCAGACCUACCUCAGAGCGCCGCAGCACGCGCAGCAGUCCAUCCGAGAGAAGUACAAGCAUUCCAAGUAUCAUGGUGUUUCUCUCCUCAUCCCACCAGAGACACUACAUGUGUAACAGUGAAAGACUGACUUUGUUUUAUAAGAGUUCAGUCAACGUAUAUGGUGUACAGUUUUUAAAGUUUUAAUUUUACAAUCAUUUCUGAAUACAGAAGUUAUGGUCAAGUACAAAUUAUGGUCUCUAUUCCUUUUUAAUGGUUUUAAUUUGUAUAUCUUUUGUACAUGUACUAGCGUAUCUUAGAUAUGUGGCUGAUGAUGAGUGGUUUUGUUAAAGUAUUAAUGAUGCCAGCUGUCAGGAUAAUAAGAAUAAGAAUUAAUAAAUUGAUCUGGAAAACUUAGUUUGUAAGUCAAUUUUAAUUUGAGGUAAAAAUGUGACUUCAGGGUUUCACUGAAAAGUUGAUUUCUCCUGUGGGGACUAAAGGGUUCUCCUAAAAGUUAAAAGACUUCAACUACCUGAUAGUUUCGGGAAAACAGACAGUAGUUCUGACAUUCACUUUCCUGAGCAUCCAACCAGUUGCUGGCACGCGUAACCCAGGUGUUGGGAGUGGAUCUGCUUGCUGACCAGCCGUGGUCCUCGGUGCACGCCAGGGAAGGCCCUCCACUCCUCGCUCACCUGGACACUCCCCUGGACACUCCGUGGACACGGCUGAAGUGGCAGUUACUUAGAACCUGCUAAGUUUUCCAGAAGGUUUGUCAAGAGCAUAAUGUAAAAACGAAGGAAGUGACUAGAUUUUAUAAUGGAUUUGUGAAUAAAAAACGUUCCAGGUUGCUAGCACUUAAAUAAAUAUCCUUUUAAUGGUUCUGUACACAGAUACAA